AUGGCCGCCAGCAAUCGGGAUGAGAAAGAUGGAGAUUUUAAUGUUUUGGACUAUAUCUUAGGAGAGGCAUACGAUCAGGAUGACUCUUUGUGUCACCCUGAAAUGGAACAAGAUGAAAAUGAGGAACGGGCCUCCAAAAGAAGAUGUGAUCGAAUGGAAACUACCCAACGCGAGAGUCAAGAAUCCCCUGAGUGGUCCCGAGAAUUGACUCCAGAGCCACCUGGCUCACCUAUGAGCACAGAGCCAUGUGGAAGUCCACGUCCGCGAAGCAAGCACAAGAGAUCAUCAUCUUCCGUUGCUGCUGUUCCGGAAGACCCCACGAGGAGGCUUCGAUAUAUUCUGCGGGAUGCGAGAUUCUUCCUCAUAAAGAGCAGCAACCGUGAAAACAUCUCCCUUGCCAAAGCCAGGGGUAUAUGGUCGACCCUGCCAGCAAAUGAAAAGAAACUGAAUGCUGCAUUCCGAUCUGCAAGAAAUGUCAUUUUGAUAUUUUCCGUGACAGAGAGUGGAGCUUUUCAAGGCUUUGCGAGACUCUGUUCAGAAUCCCACCACGGAGGACCUCCUAUACAUUGGGUUUUGCCUGAAGGCAUGAAUCUUAAGACCCUUGGAGGGGUCUUCAGAAUUGCCUGGAUUUGCAGGCACGAAUUGCCCUUCACCAAAUGUGUUCACCUUACCAACGCUUUGAAUGGACAUAAGCCAGUUAAAAUUGGACGUGACGGUCAGGAAGUUGACCUCGAAUGUGCAACGGAGCUAUGUCUCCUCUUUCCCCCCGAUGAAGGCGUUGACCUGUAUCAGGUCAUGGGUGACAGGCACCACCAGGUAAGAGUGCUUUCACCCUUGCGUUCCAGAGGACUUCCACCCCGCCGAGAAGCGGACCGGGAUGCGAGAAGGCGUCGUCGGUCAGAAGAUGACGAGGUUCAUAACAGCAGGAAGAGACCGAGGAUGGACUACGCCCCUGGGUUUCGUGAGAGACCAGCGCGUAGGGAGGACGCACGCCAUCCAGCAGCGGACAGAAGAUUUUCAGGAGUUGCCAGAGGUGUUUUCAUGAAGGGCUCCUACGAGGAUGACCUGAGAGCAUUUCACAACAGCAGGCCACCAAGGCCAAUGCGGGACAUGUCCCCUGGUCGAGGAAGGGGACAGCCUUCCUACCGCGCUGGCCACCAGCAGCGUGCUCUCCCUUUCCAGGACUCUCGGUCAGGACGUCGACCUGUGCCACAGGAAGCAAGACACAGAGGUCAACCAGCAUGUGAUUCUGAUAGGCGCGUAGAGGACUUCCUGCGUGAAACACGAGCUAUCUUUGGCUCUCAGAGACGGAGACCCCGUGAAUGGGAUCGACCCGGAGAAUGUGAUAGUUCCCCAUAUGGCCGGAGAGACAGGGAGGCGCGUGAAUGGCGAGAGAGGAGGAGAGACGAGGAGAGAAGAGAGAGGAGAAGACGGGAGAGGAGACUGACGCGAUGCAGCUGCCCCGAACAUCUUCCAUUCAUCUCCUGA